UUGGAGUUAUAUGAAUUUUUAUCUUCAUUUUGUAGGUGCAUUAUCCCGAAUGAGAAAAAGACUAGUGGGCUGAUAGAUGCGCCGUUGGUUUUGAAUCAGCUCACUUGCAAUGGUGUUCUGGAAGGAAUUCGUAUUUGUCGCAAAGGUUUUCCGAACCGAAUGACCUUUGCCGAUUUUCGCUUCCGCUACGCUAUAUUGGCAGCCGAUCAGGCAGCUGAGAAUGAUCCAGCUGAGGUGGCGGUGUUUUUCCGUGCUGGUGUCGUUGCCAAAAUGGAAGAACUACGUGACGCGGCUUUGGCAAAAAUCAUUGUCAAAUUCCAAAGUGCGCUGCGAUGCUAUCUGGCUCAGGUGUAAAU